ACUCACUGCGAGAUGUUGCAAUGGUAGCCUGUAUCCGCCAAGUAUAUCGGUAAUAGUUUUUAAUCAGUGAAUGGAAAACCCCGGGAUGGAAAUGACGAAGAUAUAAGAAUUCGAAACAUCGAGUUCUCUCGGCGGAUGACGAGAUAGUUAUGUUGAAUUCCGAGUAAAUGUCAGUUACUACUAGUACAUGAUAACAGGGACGUGAGAGGGAGAAAGGAUGUAUAGGCCUAUCGAAUAUAACGAUGGAUCUUCUUAUGAGCAUCUUUGUAUAUGACAUGUUAUAAUACAAGACAACGAAUGGUCCACUGAAUUCCAAAGUAACAUUGUUGCCACCGAACCGUGAAGUUUCAUGCAAGAGAAGGGAGAAAGGGGUAUCGAGGUGAUAAUUUGAAAUACACAUAUCUAUAAUGCCCAACCAUCAAAACUGUUGUAUAGCAACUAUGGAGGAUCUUUGUCUAAUUAUUGCUAAGGAAACUCGAUGUCCAUCUUGCCAGAAGGAGUUGCAGGACCCCAAGGUAUUAUCAUGCUCCCAUACUAUUUGCCUUCAAUGCUUAGAACAAACCAUCCAAUCUGCAGAAAGUGCUUUCAAGAUCACAUGUCCAAAGUGCAAGAAAGAUACUUUACUUCCAUCAGAUGGACUCCAAGGUAUUCCAACAAACGAUGUCAUGGUGUCUUUAUUGUCUGCAGUCAGUAUAUUCAAGGUAGAACACGGACUUUCAAAGAAAAUGGAUUUAUGGAAGUUUAGUGUGAAGGAAAUAGACCUUCCUUCCAAGGAUUGCGCAAACGGACUUUCAGCCACGCAGGACAACAGAGUGGGCCUUGUUGAUCGAUUCGGAGGCAUCCACCUAUAUUUCCCAAAUGGAUCCAUGGAAACGAUUCUCCCCGAUGUACAGAAGAUACAAGGGGCAGUAUUUUUCAAGAGUGGUCGAUUUGCAGCUUUGUUUAAUGACAACUCUCUCCGUCUUUACAAUUCAUGUAGCCGAAGUCUUGGCGAGAGAUUUGAGACGAUGAGUGUUGAAGAUGGCGGCAGUAGUGUACUAGCCGGCGAAGAAAAGGGAAACAUAUUUGUCGGCUAUAAUGGCAUGGGAAAGGGUAAGAUCCAAGUUUUCACACGAGAAGGCGGUAAACCUGUCAAAGAGAUACCUUGCGUUGGAUUUAAAGUCAAGAAGCUACUAUCGUUAUCUUCGGAGAAUUUAUUGGUUGCUGAUAUUUGCUACAAUGGAGGAUAUAUUCGUUCCUCCAAAGUCAUCCUUAUCGAUGAGGCUGGAAGAAAAAAGUGGUCAAAAGAGAGACAGGAUGUCCAAGUUCAGAUUGCCAGUGGUCAAGAUGAUACUAUCUUGAUCUCGUGGCUCAAGUCUGACAUCGAAAAUAAGGGACUACUGACGAUUGAGCAAUAUUCAAAGGACAUGAAAAGUAAGAAGAUUUUAAUAUCAGAUUAUGAAGUUGUGACCUCUACCUGCCCUUCGUACCAUCUACAACAAUACUUAUCUGGAGAAUUGGCAUUUUGUACAGCAGAUAAGCUGUAUAUAUUAACAAGAAUCGCAUAAUAAUAUUUAAGAAAUCUGCUAGCACCUAGCCAAGCACAACUUUUAAUAGCAGUAUAGCACCCCUUUUCAUAUUUAUUUCGGUCUGUGGUUGUGUGUGCUUCAUCUACCUUUAUUGUUUUACAUCUAAAUUUGAUGACAUUUUAAGUGAUAUGCUUGUCUGAUUUUUCUUCAAAUCGACUUGUUGAGGGUUGGACUUUGUAGUUUUAUUACACGUUUAAACUGACUUGGCAUGUAUCAUAUCUAACAUAAACUCGAAAGUGAUUUCACUGUACAUGCAUUUUGAUGUUAUACGCAUGUAAUUAAUUUAAAGUUAAAUUUUAUAAUUUGAAGUUCCCGACCUUUCGUUGGAGAACGCGAACGCUUAUUUGCGACGGUAUUGAUUUUGGAAGAGACUUUUGGGCCCGUCGUCAUGGUCGUAAAACUCUGUCCUGCGAUGCAAAUUGUGUGACAUUAGAUUUUUUUUCGUUUCGCAUCUGGAACGGAAAGAUUCAAUCUGCGUUCGUGUGCAAAAAUCUGGUUGCUACUAUGGUAACAGCGAUAUAUCCGAUUUAGGACGACUUUCCAAUACUUGAAGGGUUUCACAAGCUACAUACUUGUUAAGAGAUGCAUUUUCAUACUCUGGAAAAGACUUGCUUCCCUUGUUUGUUUACUCCUACACAAACGAUAUGCCUCUAGCACACAAUGUAUAGGCCUACUGCAUAUGCUGUGUACAUAUCAACGCAUGCGAAAUGGUUUCGGCUGGAAGGGUGAUCUGACCCAUGGAAUUAAUUGCCAGUGAUCCACCAAUAAUCAACAUUAAAUGCAAUAUCGAUUCGAUGGACUGUAAUGAUCUAUAUCUAAGCCUUAAUUCAGUAACCUUUUCCUCAAUCAAUAUGUACUCGAUUUGUUUGAAAAACCACUUUCUUAUCCAUGUCAUAAUCUAUUGUAGGUCCUGCAUUUCGAAUAUCUCCAGCCAUCAGUCGUAAUGUACAUGCAUGUAUGGUGCGGGUGUCGCGGGAAAGAAUUUUGCACACGAAAAGCAGAUAUGUAGGGCCUGUAACCCCCCUGUAACACAAAGCUUAGCAUUGAUUGUAGAGCAAUUUUUACGUUUGAUUCUAUUGACUAUAAUGUACAAUCAAUCUUAAAAAUCAAGUAUAUGAUUAAGCGUUAACUUUUGUGUUAGGGGACCCUAAUAUUAGCGUCCGUGAGGAUUGCGAAAGGUCCCAAUUUACAGUGCAUGCCUACAGGAUCAUCAUGGGCAGUGGUAGUUUAAUUUUAUCUGUUGUGAUUUUUUUAAAGUUCAACCUGCAAAGAAAAAUCUUUUGUAACGUAUGAGGUAUAAUGGAUUUAAACGAUUUAAACACUUCAAAUUUCAAUACUCAAUGCAUGAUAUUUAUCCCUUAAUAUGUCUACAAUAGAUGCUUUCACAGGUCUUUGGAGAAGAAUAAUAUAUCUGUAAAGCGCUUAGACACGUCGUUCCGAUGUACUAAACGCUAUAUAAAAGCUGAUCAUUAUUAAUAGAAGAAGAAAAAUCAGACGAAAACAGUGUUGAUGGGCAAAAGGGUUAUACCAAUAUUUACAAAGAGAAAGAGAGAAAAUAUGUUAAAUUGAUUUCAAGUCCUGUAUCGGCCGCACAGAAACGCUGUUAGCGUAACAUUGCGCCAACACUGCGCUCACAAAGGGCCCUGUUACAACCGGUGAUCUCGCCGCAAUGGCUAAUGUCAAAGUAAUGCAUUAAGCAUUAUUUACAUCUGGGAUCAACGCUUGACAUCACAAUCUGUAUAUCAUUAUUCAUUAACAAUCAGCUACUAUCAACAUGGGUAGAAUGAUCGCACAGAAGGCACAGAAAGCACUGUUAGGGCACCGUUUGGCGCGAGUGUUGUUAGGGGAUUUGAUUUAGGCAAAAUCUAUAAUUUGUGCGAAGUGAUCUAGAUUUAACUUUAGAUUUAGUUAUGAUUAUUUGCACAUCCUACAAGUUUUAAAUCUUGUCUAGGAAAUGGUAAAGGAAUGUAAUUUAUUGUUAUAUAGGCCUACAAAAAUGUCCUUAUUAUUACAUUUUAAACAUGAAAUGACAGCAAGUAGUAAAUAUCUAUUUACUAAUUUAGUUUUUAAAAAAUAUCGAAUAAGCUUUAAAAAGAUAAAGAAAAUUAGCAUAUCAUGAUAUUACGAUGGAGAUUCUGUACCAAAAGAAAAUGCAAUCCCACUUUUCAUCAGUUUCUUUUGUUUGAAAAUGCUCUUCACAGACUUCACUCAUCAUGCUCAUGAUAGAGUAUUUGCCAAGGAUGAUUGUCGUGCGAUAAAUUUCAUCAGCUAUUGUUCUUCUUUCUAAUGUAGGGUCUAUUCUUAAAAAUGUCUUCAAACACUGGAAGAAAAAAAUAUUGGCACUAAUCGUCAUCCCCCGCUAUAUACCCAUUCUUAAAGGGGUACUCGAGGCUGAAGAAAAUAAUUCGGUUUGAACAGUAAAGUGAGACAAACAAAACACUGACAAAUUGAUAAAAAUUGAAAAUGAAUACAAAAAAUUAUGCUAUCUUAAAAUUUUGCAUUAGGCCCUAUUUCGGUGAAAUUUAUAUUCAUGUCUUCAGGAAUAUGCAAUGAGGGUCUGUUGUGUCAUACAAAAUCAGGUUUAUUUAAAUUUUGGCCACCCAGAAUAUUGCUUCAAAGAUCAUCAUUUUGUUACUCGGGUGACAUACACACAUUUGAGACAAUUACGAGUUCAUUUCAAUAAAAUCAGAAAAAGUGGAAAGAGCUAGAGGAUAUGACAUCAUCGUUCCAUUUAUUGCAUUUUCAUGGCCACAUGCUGCCCAGUAAUAUCCUUUGCAAAAUACAGUGUUAAAUUUUUAAUAUUCAAGAAUUUUGUUAUUUUUUAUCAGAUUUUGAUGAAAUUUACAGUAAUUUGCUCAUCUAAUUUUACUCCAUUUAUUCAUAUAUUGUUGUUUUGGCCCGGAAUACCCCUUUUAUUCGGUCGAUGUCUAUUUUAAAUUACUUGGUAUAAGUAAGGGAGACAAGUUUUAAAGGGAGAAAUUAUUCACUAACAUCGUCACUAUUGGUGCCCUCGGCACUGAUAGCGAUUUGUAUUAACAUUAGCGCCACUAUUAGCUUCUGCUGGGCCUUUUAUUGUUAGAUUAUUAGGAAUUCGGCUAAGCUUCUGUGAGUUUAUCGAUACCGAUAGACCUACUGUUAGUGCUCUGUUGGUGAAAACAAUGCGACUAGGCGGUGGUCGCCCGUGAACGGUGUGACUGGACAUAUAUACUGUUAGCGUUCUGUUACGCUAACAACGCUUCUGUGCGGCCGGCACUGCUGAUGAAUUGUAAUGAAUUACAAUGUAAAAUUUCCUCAUUUCGUAAUUUCACGCAGUAAAUUUCAUGUUUUGAU